UCCAUUUGAACGAUGAGUCUAAAUUGGGAAUGUGGGUAGAGCUCCUUACACGUCAGACUCAUUUAUGGCCUCUAACCAAUUGGAUUUCUUCUUCUUCUUCUUCUCCAAUUCUACUCUCAGUUGCAUUGCUGCAACCCGCGCUCAAUAGGUUUUCGUUGUAAUGCAUCAUCGUUCAUCUCGAGGACUCGGAAUCCGAAGCAUUAGCGCCGCCGGUGAUCGGACAGACUUGCGUAUUGCUGUGGCGAGAGAUUGACGGCGCACCCAUGGGUAUCGUCAUCACUCCUCACCCUCACCCUUCCCCCGCCCUUCGCCUCCUCCAACCUUAUUCUGCCUUCUCUCCUCCGCCGUCUUAUCUUCGAUUACGUCAACCAAUCCUCUCUCACACUCCACCAUUGUUGACUCUCCAUUCUGUCCCCAGCAGGCUUAGGCCGUUUAACUUAAGGUGUUCAUUGAUCAACACGGAAGUCUUGGAAUCUGUAGCAACUGAGGAUGUGUAUGAGGAUAGUGCAUGUCUCGACUCGAAUUCUUCAAUCCCAGUUGUUCAUAUAAAUUCUGAUACCUUAGAGACAGAUGGACUUGAGUUACUAGUUGGUGGUGGCACCUAUGUGGACACAAUUUUGACAGCACUGCCUGUCUUAUCAGAGGAAGAGCAGAAUGCGAUCGCUGCCACUCCUGCUCAUCCAACUGGACUAUAUGCUUUAUAUGGUAGCUGCUUGGCUGGGAAUUUGGUCGAACAGCUGUGGAAUUUUGCUUGGCCUGCUGCCAUUGCAUUGAUUCAUCCUAGUCUUCUUCCUGUGGCGGUCAUGGGCUUCUUUGCAAAGCUUGCAGUAAUUGUUGGAGGACCUUUGGUAGGGAAGCUAAUGGAUCAUUUUCCAAGAGUACCUGCAUAUAAUUGUUUAACUGUUGUUCAGGCAGCUGCUCAGCUGUUAUCUGUUGGAAUGAUAAUCCAAGCCCUUAGAGUCAACCAAACAGCUGCAUCUUCUGUUCUUCUCCAACCUUGGUUUGCUGUACUCGUUAUGGCUUUGGCUGUUGAAAGGCUCUCUGGGUUGGCUCUAGGGGUUGCAAUGGAGCGUGAUUGGGUUGUUUUGUUGGCAGGAACAAAUAGACCAAUUGCUCUUGCUCAAGCAAAUGCAACUUUGAGUAGAAUUGAUCUCAUAUGUGAGAUUGCAGGAGCAUCUUUAUUUGGCAUUUUCUUAUCUAAAUAUGAACCAGUGACAUGCUUAAAACUGGCGGCUAGUUUGAUGAUAUGGUCUUUACCUGUUGUGGUUGUUCUUACCUGGUUAACCAACAAGCUUUCUGCUGGAGUUCUGGACCGUGCUAAAUGUCCACAAACUUGUUCUGCCAAUUCAUCAGUAGAAUCCACUCCAAAUACCGCAAAUUUAUUGGCCACCAGUAUAGAAGCAAUCAAGCAUGGGUGGUCAGAAUACAUUCAGCAGCCUGUUUUGCCUGCAAGCCUUGCUUAUGUGCUACUCUAUUUCAAUGUUGUUCUUACUCCUGGAGGCAUGAUGACUGCAUUUUUAACGCAACAUGGUCUAAAUCCUACUAUUAUUGGAGGGUUCACUGGACUCUCUGCACUUAUGGGUGUUGCAGCAACAUUCAUUUCCACAAAGAUGGUUGAGCGACUUGGCAUGCUUAAGGCUGGAGCAGCUGGCCUUAUUUUUCAUGCUGCACUUCUUACCCUUGCAGUUGGUGUUUACUGGAGUGGAUCUGUGUCUCAGAAAAUUCCAGUUGUAUUCUUCUUAUGUUUGAUUGUUUUGUCUAGAUUGGGGCACAUGUCAUAUAACGUUGUCGGGGCACAGAUUCUACAAACAGGGAUCCCUGCAUCUAAAGUGAAUCUUAUUGGGACAACAGAAGUGGCGGUAGCUAGUUUGUCUGAGUCGGUGAUGCUAGGGGUUGCAAUACUUGCUAACGACGCUUCCCAUUUUGGUUAUCUGGCAUUGCUGUCACUUGCAUCGGUGGUUGGAGCAGCUUCUUUGUACUGCAGAUGGUUGAAGAGUCCCACCGAUGCCCAAAGAAGGCUAUUUUUGUUCGAGCCAUUACCCUCACAAUGUGCAAUGGAGCAAGCAGGAAGGUGAGGAGGUACAGUACGCUUCCCCUGCCACUUUGAUAGUGUCUCAACCAUUCUGCACAAAUGAUAGUAUAUCAUAAAUUAUUCACACCUAAUAUCUGUAAAUACAUGCUAACAUUUUGUAAAGGGCAUCACAUCUUAUUCUUGAUGGCAAAGCCAUUGACUGGUAAUUCAUCAUCAUUUUUGUUGUA